UGUUGCCUGCGCUCCAGUCGCGGGCGGGGCUUCCAGUCUUCCCUAGGGGUGUGGGACAAGAGGGGAGGGACCUGAAGGGACACAAGGGGGGCAGGAGGCAGUGCUUUAGAGACCUGGGUGAGGGAGUCUCAAGGUGCAAGGCACAGUUCGAUGGGUGAGUGUGGGGGCCCAGACACGGCCCAGAGACAGAAGGCCGAACCUGAGAUCAUCCUCCGGCCAGUUACCUUCCCUAGAGACCCCUGAAGAGCGACAGCCGGGUAGAGAUCCCGGGAAGAUAUUUCCUGGUCCCAGACGGGCAACGCUGACAAAAGUAAGAUCAGGACAGAAGAUCAAAGGACAACGCCCCCUGCCUUUCAGGUCACCUGGGAGACCCUAGACCCCGUGGGCAUCCCAGGCCGUGUUCCGUCCAAGGCACCUUCUCUUUGGCUAGGGAAGAUGGGGACACCAGAUCUGCAGGGCCUCCUCCUCCUCUUCCCGUUGCUGCUGCCGCCGCACGGGGCCUCAGCAGGGAGCCUGCACAGUCCAGGCCUGUCCGAAUGCUUCCAGGUGAACGGCGCUGACUACCGCGGCCACCAGAACUACACCGGCCCGCGCGGAGCUGGACGCCCUUGUCUUUUCUGGGACCAGACGCAGCAGCACAGCUACAGCAGCGCCAGCGAUCCCCAGGGCCGCUGGGGGCUGGGUGCGCACAACUUCUGUAGGAACCCGGACGGCGAUGUGCAGCCCUGGUGCUAUGUGGCAGAGACAGAAGAAGGCAUCUACUGGCGCUACUGUGAUAUCCCCACGUGUCACAUGCCUGGGUACCUGGGCUGCUUCGUAGACUCUGGGGCACCCCCUGCUCUCAGUGGUCCCAGUGGCACCUCCACAAAGCUCACAGUCCAGGUGUGCCUUCGAUUCUGCCGCAUGAAGGGCUACCAGCUGGCUGGCGUGGAGGCUGGUUAUGCCUGCUUCUGUGGCUCUGAAAGUGACCUGGCCCGGGGACGUCCAGCCCCUGCCACCGACUGUGACCAGAUCUGUUUUGGCCACCCAGGCCAACUGUGUGGAGGUGAUGGACGACUGGGUAUCUAUGAAGUGUCUGUGGGUUCCUGCCAGGGAAACUGGACGGCUCCUCAGGGUGUCAUCUACUCCCCGGAUUUUCCGGAUGAGUAUGGACCAGACCGGAACUGCAGCUGGGUACUGGGCCAACUGGGCGCUGUGCUAGAGCUCACCUUCCGCCUCUUCGAGUUGGCUGACUCUCGAGACCGGCUGGAGCUACGCGACGCCUCAUCUGGCAACCUGCUCCGUGCCUUCGACGGCGCCCAUCCGCCGCCGCCCGGGCCGCUGCACCUGCGCACUGCUGCACUGCUGCUCACCUUCCGCAGCGACGCACGAGGCCAUGCUCAAGGCUUCGCGCUCACCUACCGGGGGCUGCAGGAUACAGUGGAGGACAGAGCGUCUCCAGAGGAUUCAGCUGAGACUCUCGCAGGGAACCCCGAUGGGGCUAACGUGAGCUGCAGCCCCAAGCCUGGAGCGGCACAGGCUUCCAUAGGUGCCCGAGUCUUCUCCACCGUGAUGGCCAUCUCUGUGCUGCUGCUGCUGCUGCUCCUGUCGCUACUGCGUUUGCUGCGUCGACGGAGCUGUCUGCUGGCUCCAGGAAAAGGGUCUCUGGCCAUGGGACCUUCCCGGGGCCCCGGGAGAAGCUGGGCUGUGUGGUACCGCCGGCCCCGAGGGGUGGCCCUGCCCUGUCCCCCAGGGGACUCUCAGGCUGAGGGUCCUGCUGCGGGCUACCGGCCCCUGAGUGCCUCCAGCCAGAGCUCCUUGCGCUCGCUCGUCUCUGCUCUCUGACCACAGACGUACGUGAGUCCAUCACCUCUUCUGCCAGCGAGAUGGACAUCUGAGAUAUUAUGCAGCACCCUACCUCGACCUUGUGCCCCUUUAAAGGCAGCUCGGUCUCUGGUCAUCUCAGGGAGACCAGAAAAAUCGGACAGGAAGCAUCCGGUGCUAUUUUGGGAACUUGGCUUGACCCUUGGGGUACAAAUGGCUGAAGCCAAAGGGCAAGGGGAAUCCAACACCCUAAUUCAUGGACCUUGAUGCGAUGGGUGGUGUUUGGUUUCAGGGUUCUUUGCGCCUCUUUUGGGGAUGGUCCUGGACUGCUGCCCUCGAUGAAAGGUUAGGGGCCAACAAAAGUGACCUAAAGACUCACUAUAGACUUUAAAUAAAAGGCCUAUUUUGGUA